AUUUCUGAACAUGAUUUCUAUAUUAGAACUGCAGUCCCUACUAUUAUAAUAUCAGCAGAAAUGCCUUCCCGUAUAAUAUAUCGGACUUAUAAAAUGUUAUCAUUGUUGAAACCAUAUUUCAGUGGAAAUUACACAUUAAGUUGAAUGAAACGUUCUUGAUAUAACGUGCUUCGGGUGCUGAGGAAAUGUGUGGGCAAUUUGAUAAGGAGAAUUUCCACAGAAGUUCGCUAUGAUAACUGGAUGAGCUCUACAACCGAAUAUACGAUGGAAUCUUUAUGAAACUCUGGAAAUUUGUGCAUCUAAUUUUUCAGUGAUUGAAAAUGAUUUGGGAAUGUGUUUUCUGAAAUAAGGUAUAUUGUCAUGUACUUAGCGACUGAGGCUCCAUCAUGUAAGAAAUUAUUAGCGUUAACAAUUUUGUUAGCGGCGGCUGUUUUAGUAUGUGUCUAUCGCGAAAACCCGUUCAAUGGUUUCUACUAUGAAGAUGAAUUUUUGGAAUUCGUUAAUAUAACUUUCAAUUAUACAGAGUUUUUGGUAUGGAGUCCGGAAUGCAGUAUACAAAACUUAGAUCCUUUCAAUGAACAAGCAAUGAAAUAUUCCCACAAAGAAAAAUAUAUCCCUUGUAGUCAACAUAAAUUACUUUCAUAUGUGAACAUAACAGGAAUCAACGCUACAUUGAUAAUAGAUAAAAAAGUUUCACAUUCCUAUACCAAAGAAAAUAUAACCUGUUGUUACUCAUAUGUUAGCAGAUCUGGAAGUAAGAAGAAACCAGAUGAAGGAAUCAAAUUUGGCACCUGUAAAACAUUCAAAGAUUCCCUGAAUCUUACUCAGGACACUGUUAGAGUGACAUGUCAUUCGAAAAAACAUAAAAAAAUUUAUGAAAACGUACACGAAGUCAUUAGGAUCAAAAAAGAAUUCAACGCCUCUAAAUUACAACCGAACUCUGAGAGGGUGCCAAGUAUUUUAUUCAUAGGAAUAGAUAGUAUUUCACGAUUGAAUUUGAUUCGAGCUAUGCCAAAGUCAUACGAAUUUUUAUCUAAUGAUAGUACUUGGUUUCCACUAUUAGGAUAUAAUAAAAUAGGAGAAAAUACUUUUCCAAACCUGAUGGCAAUUUUGACCGGAUAUAAUUCAACGGAAGCUUACAACAUUUGUGAUCCCAAGAAAAUCGGACCUUUAGAUACUUGUAGAUUCAUUUGGAAGGAAUAUAAGAAAUUCGGCUAUAUUACAGGUUACGGAGAGGAUGAAACGAGCAUCAACACCUUCAAUUACCGAAAGAAGGGAUUCACUAAGAAACCAGUUGAUUAUUAUUUCAAACCUUACAUGGAAGCCUCUGAAAGUAUAGGAACUGUCAAAAGAGAUACUCUCAGCUACUGUGCUGGUCCUGAGACUUCUGCUGAAAGAAUUUUAAAUUUAGCCAAGAGAUUCGCUAUAACAUACAAGGAUUACAAGCAUUUUGGUUUCUUUUGGAUGAACACUUUCAGCCAUAAUAACUUGAAUACACCUAGCAGAAUGGAUGAAAAGAUACAAAAAUUCCUGAAAGAUAUAACAGAGGCAAAAAUUUUAGAUAACAGUAUAGUAAUAUUUUUAAGUGAUCAUGGCAUUCGUUUUGGAGAUAUAAGACAUACUUUCAGUGGUUGGUAUGAAGAAAGAUUGCCGUACAUUUUCUUUUCUUUUCCAGAGAGAUUCAAGAAAAGGUUCCCAAAAGAAAUAGCCAAUUUUCGAACUAAUGCCAAUAGGUUAACUACUCCAUAUGAUGUAUAUAUGACUCUACAACAUAUAUUAACAUUAUCCCGGUUCAACUAUACAAUGAAAUCUAUUACUAGUUGUCCCCACUGCAAAUCUUUGUUUUCUGAAAUAGAAUUAAGCAGAUCAUGCGAAAGAGCUGGAAUUGCGCCACACUGGUGUACAUGUUCCGGUUUUUCUGACCUCAAUCGCAAAGAUGAUAUUGUACUAGCUGCAGCAAACUUUCUCGUGAAGGAAAUACAAAGCAAUGUAGCCAAAAUGGGUGGUAGCCAAAAGUGUGCCAAUUAUCGACUAGGAAAAGUAUUAGUUUCUUCUAUAUCAGAUAAAUUUAGCUAUAAAAAUGACACAUAUUUAUUGAUAUCUAUAGAAACAGUACCUAAAGCAGUUUUUGAGUCCACUAUACAUUUGAAAAAAGAUGCCAAAAAUAAUACAAACUUCGUAAUUGAUAGCUCCAUCAGUAGAUUGGACAGCUAUUUUCAACAUGCAAAAUGUGUUUCAGAAGAAAUGUUGAAAAUGUAUUGUUAUUGUAAAUGAAAUUUUGAAAGUGCCUUUUUUUAAUUACUAAGACUAUUUAUUUCAUUAUGUAAAUAUUGUAUAAAUAAACUGAAUUUUCUAGUAAUGAA